AUGUAUGACGGGUGUGGGUUCACAGUGUCUAGAGGUUUUGAGGUAGCGGAAGAUCUAGGUAACAAGGGCCCCCACACGAGGUCUUCACAGGAGCAGCCCCCAACCCACGUCCCCCGGGCUUUUUCCCCCGCUCGUCGCUCAAAGCCAUCCAAAGGGUCGUCCUCACCCCUUUCCCCCCGUCUGGCCCCCGUCCUCAUCGCCGCUUGGGGUAACCCUCUCUUCUUUUUCACCAUGGCCCCCGGAGUACCUCCUGGCCAUGUCGGGCACCGGGGUUCAGACCCCCGUCCCGGGGGCAAAGGGGCAGUCGCUCAGCCCAACUAUCUUGCACAGCCAACCCCUGGAAAGCAAGGGGAAUUUACCGGCCCCCCACCAGCUCCCUUCCCCGCUGCACACAAGCCCGUGACACCAAAAGUCUCGUGGGGGUCUGGAAAAUCGCAUAGGGGCCCAAAAUAUUUAGGCCCCACUAGGGGCUUCUCAGCCCCCGUGUCCAAUGUCAGGCGGCAUGGGGGUUUCCCCUCUAUUGGCCCCCCAAACCGCAUCGUGCUGGUUCGACGGCCCGGGGAACCCAGGACGGGCCUUUGGCCCGGAGGUCACGGGGGGGGCGAGCAGUGGCCCCAGGCCCCCCUUUCCUUCCCGCAAGGGGCCCCGAACUCAAGGCCCCCGCCAGCGCCCCCUGCAGGUCCCCAGGGUGUGCCGGGGACGUUUGAUUGCAGCUGCUGGUCCCGUAAAACGUAA